AGCAGACAACGUGGUAUCUUUCUCAUUCGCGGCACUUUUCUGAUAACAUGAGGAUGGUCACCACAAAUGAUCCGAUACUAGCCGCACUUUUUCCAAACCGUCCGGCAAUCGGAGCAAAUAAACUUCAUAAUCACAAUCAAAAUCUCAUACACGCAAAAUCAACAGUGCGGAGCCGUGGUUGUACUGCCCGUGCAAGCAGUCCCAAAUUUCCGAUUUCUAGCAACAUCAUGGACUCCACGGGACAAAUAUGGAUAACGUGUUUUUAUUUCUCGUGGAAAUGGUUUUCUAGACUUGUUUCUUGUUACUUGUUAUUAUCUCUUAAUCUGGUUGGUGUGGCUUCCGAAUAUCCAGCUCCCUCUACUUAUGCGUGUGAGAGCAUUACCAAUUACUAUUCCCCUGUAAAGCAUUUGAGAUUAAAAGGUGAGGCACUCAAGAGAAAAUUGAAUAGUAUCAUUGCUCCACAUCAUUCAUUGUCCUACCAAGAGGUGUGGGAUGCUCUCAAAAUUCUUGAUGCUGCUGAUGUUGAUAAUCCAGAAGUUUCAUUGGGAAUAGUUGAAAUAUACUCUCUGAGAGUUGUUCCGAAAGGGUUAUCUGGAAAACCACAAGGAUGGAAUAGGGAGCAUCUUUGGCCUCGUUCUUAUGGGCUGACAACUGUUCCAUCUUUGACUGAUUUACAAAACAUUCGCCCUGCUGACGUUAAUGUGAAUUCAUCAAGGGGAAACAAAUACUAUGGGGAAUGCAUAACUAGCUCGCCCAAAUGUUUGAGGCCAGCCAACAAAGAAGCUGCUUCGGACACUGAAGCAGACAAGAGAACAUGGGCACCACCUAAGCAGGUUAGGGGAGAUAUUGCAAGAGCAUUAAUGUACAUGGCAGUCUGUUAUGGGCUUCAACAACCAGGAGGAAGUCCUGCUCUUCGCCUUUCAGACACUCCAAAUGUUGAAAACAGAGAGAUGGGACUGCUUUCCACGUUAUUAGAAUGGAAUGAAGUUGAUCCACCUUCAAGGGAAGAGAAACUGAGAAAUGAAAGGAUAUGCAAAUUUUAUCAACAUAACCGGAAUCCUUUUGUUGAUCAUCCGGAGUAUGCCAAACUUAUAUGGAAGAGUGUCAUUUCAAGGCGUACUCCUCAUGAUAAUAGUGAUGAUAAAGGAAAAGAAUUAGGACGAGUGCCUCAAAUACCUCACUUGUAAUAGUUCUAAAGUGCGGUUGAUGAUGAUAGCCUUAUAAAUUUUUGAACUGGUCAUUAGCUUUCUCAGCCUGCGGAGGGAGGCCUUGAGGAAAACGUUUAGUAUCAGUGCAAUAGUUGUAAAUCAUAUAGUUCUUUUGCACCCAUUGAAUCCUAGCAUGCCCUGUUGAAUCCAAAGAUUGUUUCAUCCAUGAUUGAUUACUUGAAGAUGGAGUUUUGGAUGAGCAAGACGAACCCGAAGAAGAAGUCCAAACACAAGCUUGGAUGUUGAAGUUUCCAUAUGAAGCAGUGAAUGGAGAUUGGGUCCAAUCUGUUUUCACAAGGCCUCCCCUUGUGGCCCAAUUGUCAGCAUCCCAAAGACUUGAAUAUAUACUCAUUACUUGGCUUUUUGGAAAAGGAAUACCCUUUGAUUCAAAAUUCUUGAAUUCUCUUAGAGGAGUUCCAUCCACAGAAAAUCUGAUACAUGAUAUGACAUAAAAAAUGUGUUAAAAUAUGAAAAUAACUACGAUAUCAUUUCAUAUAUAUAGGAAAAGUAAGGCUGUGUGUUUGUACAUGAUGCUUUGAGGAUUCCAAAGAAUGGAAUAAGUGUGAAAGUCCUUGGUGGGAUCAAACCACAAAUAAAAUUGUUGUUCUUUGUUCCCUUUCCCUUGUGUGUAAAUGUUCGUAUGAACAAUAUAAGGAUCACCACUUAGGUUACCAAGAAAUUCAAAAUCUAUUUCAUCA